UUUGGAAAUCCGGCUAUAUAACGGUCCUCUGGAUCACGGAUCGAAACAGUAUCGUAAUCUAGCUCAUCUCAGGUCAACACCUGUACACACGUCGUCCACGACAAUUGAAGAAGUUCAAACGAAACCAAGACAACCAAUCAUGAAGCUGCUUGUCGCUUUCGCCCUCGUCGUCGUCGCUGCCUCUGCUGCUCCCCAAGGCCACCAGGAGGACGUACUGCUCGUCAAGGAAACACCCUCUGACAAUAUUGGUGUCGGUCAUUAUAACUACGGCUACGAACUUUCCAAUGGACAAGCUCACCAAGAAUCCGCCGAAUUACUGAACGCUGGAACCGAAAACGAAUCUUUGGCUGUUCGCGGAAGCUUCACCUGGGUUGACCCUCAGACCAACGUGAGAUACACUGUCAAUUACGUGGCAGACGAGAAUGGUUUCCAACCGCAGGGUGAUCACAUCCCCGCCUGAACCUGUACUCUAGUUUUAAAUAAAUUUCUGCUCUGAACAA